AUGUCCUCAAUCGGAACAGGAUACGAUCUCUCUAACUCCGUCUUCUCCCCCGACGGUCGAAACUUCCAGGUGGAGUAUGCCAGCAAGGCCGUUGAGAACGGCUCCACCUCCAUUGCCAUCAAGUGCAAGGACGGCGUUGUUUUUGCGCUCGAAAAGAUUGUCACAUCUAAGCUGCUUGUUCCCGGCGCCAACCAGCGAAUCCAGACCGUCGACAAGCACAUUGGUGUUGUGUACUCUGGUCUGGUCCCCGACGGACGACACAUGGUCAGCAGAGGCCGAUCGGAAGCCUACAAUUGGCGAUCCACCUACAAGCAGGCCAUCCCCGUGGACUCCUUUGCCGACCGACUCGGCUCCUACACCCAGGCCUACACGCUGUACAACUCGGUGCGUCCAUUUGGCAUCGCCACCAUUCUUGGAGGAGUGGACGAGGACGGACCCCAUCUGUUCAUGAUCGAGCCCAGUGGGUCUUUCUGGGGCUACCACGGAGCCGCCGCUGGAAAGGGCCGACAGACCGCCAAGAACGAGCUGGAGAAGCUGGAUCUCCCCAACAUCAGCGCCCGAGACGCCGUCAAUGAGGCUGCCCGAAUCAUAUACCUGGCCCACGAGGACACCAAGGACAAGGAGUUUGAGCUGGAGAUCUCUUGGGUGUCGGCUUCUGAGACCGGAGGCAAGCACCAGCAUAUUAGCGCCGAGCAUCUUGCUGAAGCAAAGAAGUUUGCCGAGCAAGCAACGUCUGAUGAGGAUGAUAUGGAGGAGUAA